GACAUUACUCCGUAAAUCUCCAAAACUCUGAGAGAAGGAUAUAUAGCCUUCGCACCAAAAGUCACAAUAAUUAAUAAUAAGAUCCGUUAAGUUGUGAUGUAAUAUCUUUGACUUUGGGUGUUAUGUUUUCGUUCGAGUGGAAGAGGUGAAUCUGAACGGGUUAUUAUGAAAACAAAUGUUAUUGUCGUUUCGUGUUAAGGGGUGUAGAUGUUAAAUUGCAAACGCGUGGGUGUCCUGAAGGUGGUGCUCAUGCGGUCUAGCUAGUCAUAAACUGAAAAUGGCUGAGGGUGGCACGUCUGCUGAGCCAAAUAAAAUAAAGAUGUCAGCGAAAGAAGAGGACAAAGAAGAGCGCGCAGCAGCAACUGGAAAUAAAGAACAAGUAUUUGAAGGCCCGCAGAUUCCAGAAUGCGCAGUUUGUCUCCAAACGUGUAUACACCCCGCCCAGCUUCCUUGUGGACAUAUCUUCUGCUUUCUUUGUGUAAAGGGUGUUGCCAAUCAGAGCAGAAAAUGUGCAAUGUGCCGUCAGGAAAUUCCACCGGAUUAUUUGGAAAAACCUCAGCUUGUCGAAGUCAGUGGACUAGAAAAGGAGGCUGUUAGCUUCGACGAUGGGUACCAGUGGUUUUAUGAAGGAAGGAAUGGUUGGUGGCAGUAUGAUGAACGGACCAGUCAUGAAUUGGAGACAGCUUAUAAGAAAGGGGAAAGGAUUUGUGAAUUGCUCAUAGCAGGCUUCCUUUAUGUAGCUGAUUUUGAUGACAUGCUGCAAGUUCGACAAAAUGACCCGUCCAGGCGGAGACGUAUAAAACGUGAUCUCGCUACCAUUCCAAAGAAGGGUGUGGCUGGGCUUAGGCUUGGAUCUGGCACAGGAGAAGAUCGCCCAAAGAGUCCCACGCCCCAAUCCCUAACUGCCACAGGACAGAGUGAUGGUGCAACCACACCUGUGCCACCCACAAAUACACCACAGACUCCUGCUGGUGGUGCAACCAGUGGAAGCACCACACCAGACAGACACCUUUCAUUACGACGUGCUAUAGAGCAAAUACGGAUCCUCAGUGUGCGCCACCAUUCUUCGUCAGAGAGCAGUGGUAGUGGGGAUGAAGACUCUGCACUCCCAGAUUUGUCUGCUGCUACUGCUGCCAUAAUUAACUUUUCUUCAAAUUCAGAUAGCAGGCUAUAGGUGAUUUUUUCGAACUCCAUAGAAUAAUUAUUAAGUUCUUUUUUCUUUCCUAUCUUUGUCACAUCUGGAACUUGACUGUGAUUGUAAAUGAGCAACGAUUUGCUAUCUGUUAAGAAUACCAUCCCCCUCGUCCCUCCCCUGUCCUGUAGAUAGAUAAAAUACUGUCAAAGGCAAUGCCAGAAAAGAAUGUCUUAUGAUUAGAAACAGUAUUAAACAAGGUAGUGAAUU